AUGUGUGACCGCAAGGCCAUAAUCAAAAAUGCGGACGUGUCGGAGGAGAUGCAGCAGGACUUCGUGGAGUGUGCCACCCAGGCCCUGGAGAAGUAUAACCUAGAGAAGAACACAGCAGUCCAAAUCAAGAAGGAGUUUGACAAGAAGUAUAACCCCACCUGGCACUGCAUCAUGGGGAGGAACUUGGGCAGCUACAGGACGAAUGAGACAAAGCACUUCAUCUACUUCUGCCUGGGCCAAGUUGCCAUUCUGCUUUUCGAGUCUGGUUAG